CCAACUUGACCACUACAUUCUUUUUACCCUCAGCGUCCUGUAUCAUUCAAUUUCGUAGCAGUACACUCUUUGAAAAGAGAAAACACUCAUUCACCUUUUAAAAUGCCUCCCCAUCCAUCUGAGAUAGCUGCUCAGAAGCGGAAUGCUAAAAAGAAAGAGAAAGUAGCGGCGAGACAAGUGUCUUCCGGCGCUGAGGUCAUAACCCCAGACAUAGCUGAUGACAUCGCAGAUAGCAAGCUGCAACGGUCUUCAAAGAAAAAAGCACUGGAGCGCAAAGUCUGGAAUGAUACAACCAGCAAUAAUCGCAAGCGUGCACCAACGGUGACUGAGCUUCUGUCUGCGCCUGCAACAAAGUCAGUAAGGAAGACACUGAAAGCAGUCGAAAAGACACAGAAAGCAGUUGAAGGUGGUGGUCAUGAGAGAAGCAGUGUAGCUUCCACUCUCACGAGUCACAAUGGUGUGUCAGUUGACACCGACGACUCUGCGAGUGAAUAUGGUAUCAGCGACUCUGAAUCCAAUAAGUCAGAUGUCAAUGUGGAAGUUGAAGACGACAGUGAUAUCUCAGACUUACUGUCUAAAACCCCGGAGAAUCUUCAUGAGAUUCCGCGUUUUGUUCCACCCCGCCUUGCUUCACGUUACAGUGAUAGUUCAGCCGCUGCAUCAACAUGGGAUGAUGAUGAUCCGGUGGGCCAACUCGUCACGGUCACAGCUGACUCAGUCAAGGUCAAAUGCGAGCCUGACGAGAAGAAGAAAAGGAGCAAGCUCGAAGGACGACAACAGAUUGAGAGACCACAGUUUGCACAGCCGUCACAUGACUUAGAUGAUUCCAUCGCUGUCACAACCCCCGGACUGGAACCACGUGACACAUCCAACACUUAUGCGCCUUUCAAAUGGCCUGAGUUCACUAAUCUAGUUUACGAAGCAGACAGCUCCAUCAACCUCAAGGCUCAGAACACACGCGUACAGAUGGUUUUGAAGACGGCUGUCUUUGAACUCAAGAAAUCUGCUAUCUUCGAGAAUGCAUUCCCUACUAUCACCGAGAAAUGA